AUGCUGAGUUGUGAGCUGAAGGAAGGGGAACCCAUCCCCGACGCCGUCUCAGUGUUACCCUCAGAUUCCGAAGAAGUAUUCAACAUCCUCAAAGUGUUUCAACAAGACGGGAAUACCUUGAGCGAGGAGAGACAUACAGUGUCCUUAUGCGUUAAGCAAUUGUACUUCGUGAAGGAUAUCUCACACCUCCUCACAGAAUGGCUGGAAAUCCUCAAGUCGAUGGAAGUGGGGAAGGUGUUCGCUUAUGGCCUCCAACCUCAUCCGAACAUGGAGCGGGUGUUGGAAUACUACGAAGACCAGGGAGGAUUCGUGGAUUACAUCCCCAUCACCCUUCCUGGAACUCAGCCUAACAUCCCUGGGCCAAAUGGUCAAUUUCUGCCAAGAAACGCAGACUUCCAUCGAGGAUUCUAUCACCUUCAACUCAAUGAUUGUCUUUAUAGAAGCCUAGUUCAGGGAUAUGAAUACGUUGCUGUCAUCGACGUUGACGAGAUGAUUGUCCCAAAACCACCACAUAGAACCUGGCCAGAACUGAUGCAACAUCUGGUCCCCAAGAACCCUGGAUCCGAUUGCUUUUAUUUUCUAAAUAGAAUAAUUUUGAUGGAGGAAGGGGAAACUACUGGUUGGCAACAGGACUACUCCAUGAAACUGAGACACACAAAUGCGGCAGAAUUCCGUACUGGUUCAUCCCGGGUCGGAAAAAGCAUAUGCGUGACCAACCAGCAAGAGAUUAUGUCCAACCAUUAUACGAUGAUGUGUUACCCAGAUGACCGCACGUGCUCCACGCAUUAUACUCCUAGAGAUUUCGGGGAACUGUAUCAUUAUGGGAAAUGCUCGGUCGGGAAUUGCACCGGUCCCGGUGGGAAUGCCACCUGCGACGGAGAGAGCUGUGAAGUGGUUCAAGCGACUUCUCUGCUGGCUCACAAGGACUCCGUCCGGCAGGGCGUUCUCCACACCUUGCACGAACUUGAGCUUCUCUCGUGA